GAAGAAAAUUAAAAAAUUCCCAAAAAUUAGCACAAUGCCAUUUUAGAACACGUGUGAAUGUAACAGUUUAAACUAGAUGAUUUUUUAAUUUCUGUGCUUUUUUUUUCUUCAUUUCUUUUUUUUUUCGACAGUCAAUGACACCUAUAUCACAGGCACAAUUACAGGAUCCUAGCAAGGCAAGCAGCAUUGUUGAAUCCCUGUUUGAAAAAGGCCACCAAUUAGUAAAAGAAUCUCGAAAUUGGCCCCUGAAAUAUACCAACGACAUCGUACUAACACGCUGUAUCAAAUUACCCAAAGAUUCCCACAAAUAUUAUCAACGAUGUAGUCUUCACAAAGAUAUAACCUACGAUCAACUACGGGAACUCCUCUUUGUCAACCAUGCAAUGAAUCAACCCAAAUAUACCAAUUCAUUGGAAGAGGCCGUCUUCCUAGGCAAAUCGACAGCAGAAUCAGAAAUUUAUUGGCUCGGCUUUCAGACCCCUAUGCUCUCGUAUAGCCGUGAAUUCAUCCAAUUAAUAGCCACACGCGAGACAGGUCGUCGAUUUAUGGUGGUGAGUCAACCGGUAGAUUACCCUAAUAUGAAACCCCGAAAAGGAUACGUGCGUGGCAAAUACCAGUCAUGGGAAGCCGUGGAAGAAUUAGAGGAUGGCACGGUGGAAUGGAUCUGUAUUUCGCAAGGUUCGGGCGGAGGAUAUGUGCCUGGAUUUAUUGCAGAUUACAUUGUAGGAAGAGAUUUGCAUCACAAUGUUUUUGGUGUUAUAAAAACUAUCCAACACAACAAUAUUAAAGAAAAAUAAUAGAAAAAUAAUAGAAAAAAAAUAGAAAAAAAAAAGUUUAAUACACUAUGGGAGAAAGGAGUGGGGGGAGAAAUAUAUAAAGGGGAUUAAUUAUCUCGAGUGAAAUGUUGUGGAUGAUGGUGAUGAUGAGGAUGAUGAUGUGGUGGUGGAUGGUGUUGAUGUAAAUGUGGCUGUAUUGCAGAUAAAUCCAAAGAUUGAUUGUUAUUAGUUGGAGUUGUAGUGGUAUUAUUCGCAGUAACAGCGGUACUUGUGUUAUUUUGAUCACCCCAUCUUAUUCGGUACAUGUCCAACAUAUUU